UCUCCGGGGGUGUGUGAGGGGCGGGGCCCGGCUCGGCCCGCCCCCAGGUUGCGGGCGCGAGGCCAGAAGCGCAGAACCCGGCCUGCCAAGCAUUCUAGCCUGCGGCGGCUAUGGAGGGCUCAGCUGUUCGGCUGCUGCGGAGCAGCGGUCUGCUAAGAAGAAACUUCCCAACAUGCCUGUCUUCUUGGAAAAUUCCUCCUCGUGUUCUAAAAUCUUCCCAGUCAGAAGCUGUUUUUGAUGUCAGAAAUAAUGCACUACCCUUUGUGCCACUGCAAACAUUUACAGACGAGGAAAUGAUGAUAAAGAGUGCAGUUAAAAAAUUCGCACAAGAAGAGAUUGCUCCUUUGGUUUCAACCAUGGAUGAAAAUUCAAAAAUGGAAAAAUCAGUAAUACAAGGCUUAUUCCAACAAGGGUUGAUGGGUAUUGAAGUUGAUGCAAAGUAUGGAGGAACAGGAUUCUCAUUUUUUUCCAGUAUCCUAGUCAUAGAGGAAUUAGCCAAAGUUGAUGCAUCUGUUGCUCUCCUAUGUGACCUCCAGAACACAAUAAUUAACAAGCUGAUUAAAAAACAUGGAACAGAAGAACAAAAGACCACCCAUCUUCCUAAACUGGUUACAGAAAAAAUAGGAAGCUUCUGCCUUUCAGAGACUGGAGCAGGUAGUGACCCCUUUGCUUUGAAGACCAGAGCUGAUAAAAGGGGAAAUUACUAUCUCAUCAAUGGGUCAAAGAUGUGGAUUAGCAAUGCUGCACAUGCAGGACUCUUCCUGGUUUUCGCAAAUGUGGACCCUACCCGUGGAUAUAGAGGAAUCACCUGCUUCCUAGUAGAUCGUGACACAGAAGGCCUUCAUAUAGGGAAAGCAGAAAAUAAACUGGGCAUCAGAGCUUCUUCUACCUGCCCAGUAACAUUUGAAAAUGUCAAGGUUCCAGAAGCCAAUAUCUUGGGACAAAUUGGCCACGGCUAUAAGUAUGCUAUAGGAAGUCUUAAUGAAGGCAGAAUAGGAAUUGCUGCACAAAUGCUGGGACUGGCGCAAGGAUGCUUUGAUUACACCAUUCCAUAUAUUAAAGAAAGGAUACAAUUUGGCCAAAGAAUAUUUGAUUUUCAGGGGCUCCAACACCAAGUGGCUCAUGUGGCCACCCAGCUGGAAGCUGCACGAUUACUGAUAUACAACGCUGCUAGGCUUGUAGAAACUGGAAGACCAUUCAUCAAAGAAGCAUCUAUGGCCAAAUAUUAUGCAGCAGAGAUUGCAGGGCUAACAACUAGUAAAUGUAUUGAAUGGAUGGGAGGAGUAGGCUACACAAAAGAUUACCCUGUGGAAAAAUACUUCCGAGACGCAAAGAUUGGUACAAUCUAUGAAGGAACUUCCAAUAUCCAGCUGAACACCAUUGCAAAGUACAUCGACCAGGAAUACUGAUGGCCCUGGGUCUGGGCCCCUCCUGAAUGCCAUUGGUCUAACAUUCUAAACUCCUGUGCAUUGUUGGGGGUAUUAGGCUCCAUGGCAUUGUGGUGUUUUAUUGAGGUCCCCAGUCCAGGUCUGUGGCCUUGGCCUUUUCCCUUUAUGGGCACAGGAGAUCAUUUUUUAAUUUGGGAAGAAAUGCAUCCAUAUUUUCUCCAAAAUUGACUUAAAACUUAAUAUUUAUAUUAUCACUGUAAUUUCAGAGUAUGCAGAAGCUUUGUUCCGUCAACAUUUGGAAAAAUGAAGAAUCAAAGUAUUAAAAAAGUAGUUAUUUUAUAUUUCUUCUAAAUCUUAUAUAUUACUGCAUCAGAGAAACAUUUGUUACAGUCAACGAUUUUUAUUCGAUACUUUAUAGAUUUUAUUGUAAGUAGCCAAAUGAGGCCAAGAAUGAUAGAAAUUUAUUUGGAAAAAAAAAUCUAAAACUUCUUAAAAAAAAAUCAGUGAAUGGGUGGAAAUUAAGGGUGUAACUUUAUAGGUCUUAUAAUAAAGCAAUAUAAUUUGCCACUUUAAUUAACCUAUAUAAAAACUGCAUUUCAUAAUGGUUUCAGAUGAUCAUUUUAAAAAUCUGUCUUUGCAUUAAUUUUCAACUAUGAAGUUCAAAUGAAGUUGUUUUAACUGAAAAUAUUUAAAAUUGUAAUAUUCAUUCUUUUUUGCACUAUUUUCAAUAAUAUAAUUUCUCUGUGUAUGUGUUUUGUUUUUGUUUUGUUUUGUGUGUGUAUGUGGUACUGGGGAUUGAACCCAGGGCCUUAUCCAUUCGAGGCAAGCACUCUACCAACUGAGCUAUAUCCCCAGUCCUCUCUCUGUGUUUUGAUUGAAUGCUCUUUUCUCAAACUUUGUAAUUUGGCUUCAUCCUAAAUAGUAACUAAUUCAAAAAUUGGGUUUUGGUUCAGUGAUUCUCAAGAAAGAGAGAUGUUGCCUCCAUUAAGAAGCACAUCAAAAUCUUAUAAGGAAUGAGGGAUAGAAGGGAGCUGUAGAGUUUGAAAAAUCAUAAUCAACUUAAAGCAAUUUUAUAUUUGGGAAGAUAUAAAAUAUUUACUUUAUAAAUAAAUAAAAGUAAAUAUUUUUCUACAAUACAAAUGACAGAAAGGUGGAUCCCAACAAAAUACAUAGCAGGCAAUGCCAUUCCUUCCAUAUAGGGAGUCUCAGCAGGAAAAAACCCUCCAGGGUGGAUCCUAAGUUCUCACAGAAGGACAACAGAUGAGAGUUUUGUAUUCUCUGAAAAACAGACAUGGGUCAAACAUGAGAAUUGUUCUAAGUCUCAUGCAAUUUCACUGAAAGUAAUCAUUAUUAUUUUACAUUUUUUUACUUUAAUGAAAGGAUAAAUACUAAGAAAGCCUAACAUUUUCAAAGUAAUUUUGCUUUACACAUUCAUGUUUAUUGAAUUGUGUUAAUUUCUGCAAUGCAAAUCAUAGUUGAGUAUUCAAAGUUGUGUAAACACAAUUCAGGUAGGAAUUACAUUAAAAUAUUAGAAAGAAAUAAGGACAAAUUUAGACCUUGGUCCAAAGAGAGAGUCUGCUUUACAUUCAGAUAGGAAGAUGAUGGAAACCCCAUCCAGUCUUUCAAAACAAAAAGACAGUCAUUUGGUAAGAGUAGGGGGUCAGUUAACUACCCUGGAAGUGGGUGAAAUGCCCUGGGUGGCUUGGAUAUUUUUCGUCUCUGAUGAUGUGGAAGAGAGGUGGAUAUUACAGACGAUGGAGGAAGAGCCGAUAUUAGUAAACAGAAUCCCACCCUCUUCCUGUACAGUCAGAAACUUGUGAAAGUGCAAUUAACCUCAUGUUUAAAUUUGCAGCAUCAGAGGCUGCCAUAUAUAUCUGGACAAUGAAUGUAUAUUUAGGAAUAAUGAAGUUCUAAUUUGUGAUGUAUACUUUGUGCAUGUCACAGAGAAUAGUCAAAAUUAAUCAUUUUCUAUAUUCUUGUUAUUAUAUGAUCUUAUCAUCUUCUGUUAGUGUAUCAUUGUGUUGUUUAACCAGAGAAGAUACUGUGGGUUUUCCCUGUGCUUCUUUCAUUAUAGCUUUUCUUCUGAUAACCAUGACUUUGGGAUCUUUAAAAUUUUCUAUCUUGAGUUUGUGUCUGGUGGAGAUCCAGCCUCCUGAAGCCUGUUGUUAUUGUUUGUUACUUUGAGGAUUGGGCUAUUAGUUUGAGGAUGGGGAUUAGAAAGUAGAGAACUAUUUGACCAUAUUUGGGGGCUGGGGGAGCUGGUCUUAACCCAGCUGCCAUAUUAGUAUUGUUAGAGAAUUCAUCCAUGAAAAUGAAUCGGUUAUCAAGAAUUUUAGAAUCAUGGAAGGUUAGACCUAGAAAGACCUUAGAGAACAGCCCAGACAUUUCCUCAUUUUUAAAGUGAAGGAUCAUAGCCUUUGCUCUCCCAAGAUUAUGCAGGCACAAAGACAAGAAUCCAAAUACACUAUUAAUACUGUCCCUGUUCCAACAGAAAUUGGAUUUCUUCCCUGCUAUUGUGUGUUGGUUUAUUUUAGAUUUAACUGGUGAAGAAUAAACAUUUCAAGUAUUAGGAUUCAUCGGUGUCUCACUUACAUAUAUUAAUCACUUGCUAAAGGCACUGGCAUUUAACAUGCUCUCCUAGGUUGUAGCUGGGAUCAAACAUGAAGAUUAUUGUAUGUGAUCGUUUGACUUCAUUGUUAUUCUGUAGUUUAGUAAAUGCAUUAGUUGUA